AUGUCUACUCAGAAAGCUCUUUAUCUCUCUCAGGCCAAAGGCCAAUUCGUGAUCAGGGAGAGGGAUAUUGAAGAACCAGGUCACGGCGAAGUCCUCGUCGAGAUCCACGCAGCUGCACUCAACCCUGGUGAAUGGAAGAUCCAGGCCUUUGGAAUCCUCAUCACCGAGUACCCUGCUAUCCUCGGUGCCGACGCGGCGGGCAUCGUUAAGAAGGUCGGCGCUGAAGUGACUGACAUCUCCGUGGGCGACAAGGUACUCUUCCAAGGAGAUUUUACCAAGAACCGCCAUGCCACGUUCCAGCAGUAUACUGUCGCGUUUGCAGAGCUCGUCGCCAGAGUCCCGCAAAACCUGACCUUGGACCAGGCUUCUUCGGUCCCAGCAGCAGCAGCGACCGCUGCUCUUGGUUUCUACAACCGCAAGGAGGCGGGCGGCAUUGCGCUCACCGCUCCUUGGGAGGAGGGUGGCCGCGGCAAAUACGCUGACGAGCCUAUCCUCAUAAUUGGCGGCUCUUCUGCUGUCGGUCAGCAGGCAAUUCAAUUCGCGAAGCUGUCCGGCUUCUCGCUUAUCAUCACGACAGGCUCGCUGCAUAAUGAGGCGUACCUCAAGUCGCUCGGUGUGACGCAUGUCAUUGACCGCACCGCACCGCUAUCU